AUAGCCCCCGAGCCGGUGCGGGCUGACGACACGGGGCUGGCCCUAGUCCCCGCAAAGUUAGACCGUCCCGGGGCUGUGUCGGCUGGCGGGGGCGUCAGACCUCUGCUGGCCCCUGCGGCAAUGGCGGUGUUUCACGACGAGGUGGAGAUCGAGGACUUCCAAUAUGACGAAGACUCGGAGGCAUAUUUCUACCCCUGCCCGUGUGGGGAUAACUUCUGCAUUACCAAGGAAGAUUUGGAGAAUGGGGAAGACGUGGCAACGUGUCCUAGCUGCUCUCUCAUUAUAAAAGUGAUUUAUGACAAGGAUCAGUUUAUGUGUGGAGAAGCAGUGCCAGCCCCUUCCACCCACAAAGAAUUAGUUAAAUGCUGAAGAGGACUUUAGGAAUCCACAUCCUGAACAUUUGGGAAUGAGCCAAGCUGGAAAAAUCAAAUGCAAAGUCACUGGCUUCCUUCAUGGGGACAACCAUUCCACAGUUGACUCUGCCAUUACUGUGUGGCUCCUUACCAUUGGCUGCUGAGUUCAUCUCCAAUUAAAGAAGCAAGUCCAUGACGUGACAUGCCUGGAUUUUAUGCUUAGAACUUUGAAUUGGAAGUGUUCUCAAUUUUCCGUGUGAAUUUAAAGGAAGAUCAUUUCAAAUCAGGGCUUUCUUUCUCUCAGUAUCAUUAUUUUUAUGUCUUACAUCUGAUUCUUCCUUAUCUGAUAACAGCAUCAUCUACCUCAAAGUCAUUAGUAUUCCUUAAUAAAAAGGGGGAUUAUGUUUUG